AUGUCAAAACCAGAUACUGGCAGUACGCCAAAGCUACGAGUAGCAGUGAUCGGCGCCGGGCCGGCAGGCUUAGGGGCGGCGAUUGAAUUCCAAAAACUACCGUUUAUUGCUCUCCGAGUUUAUGAGCAAGCGCAAGAGCUCCGUGAAGUUGGCGCUGGGAUCAGUAUUCAACGAAACACUUGGCGCAUGUUAGACGCUUUGGGAGUAUAUGACAACAUCGAUCCCAACACCAUAUUCAGCGCAGCGGAUGGCCAUUCAGUACAGCACCGCAAUGGGAGGACUGGGGAGCUAUUAGUCUCUAACGGACAAGAGGGCACUCCCUCUCGACAUAAACAUGCUAGGGCUCUACGGACUAUACUCCAGCAAGCGCUCCUAAAGGCCGUGGACAAGACAAAGUUGCGACUGGCUAGUCGUCUUGUCGAGAUCAAUGAAUUACCCGACAAGUCGCUGUCUCUGCGAUUUGAAGAUGGACACACCGAUGAAGUGGAUCUGCUCGUGGGUGCUGAUGGUGUUCGGUCGGUUGUUCGCCAAUACACUUUCCCAGAUCAUCGUAUCAACUACACCGGCACAACAGCUUUCCGUGCUCUCGUCAAUGCGGACGAGAUCCUGGGUAUUCCUGACUUUCCGAAUGCCGUAACGUUCUGGCAUGGUCCCACUCGGUGGGUGUAUACUUGUAACCUGAACAAUGGUAUCUACGAGGUUACGGCCCGAACAGAUAUCCCGGAGACCAACGAGACGGUCAGUUGGGGACAGGAUGCCACUCCAGAUGAGUUCCUAGGGCUGUACAAGGAAUUUGCACCAAUCAUCCAAGAAGUACUUAGUAAAGUGAAGGAAGUGAAGAAGUUCCCUCUAUUUGCUGGCCCACGGCUUUCAAAGGUCACAUCACAUGACUCUAUUGCCUUGGUUGGAGAUGCGUCGCAUCCAUUAUCAGGAGCAUUUGGCGCCGGAGCGGGGUUUGCAUUAGAGGAUGUGUAUGUGCUCACUCAAGCGGUGAAAUGGGCACAUGAACGCGGUCUUCCGAUUAGUGACGCUUUAGAUCUAUAUGACAAGAUUCGAUCGCCACAUUACAAGGAUAUGUAUGAUAUUCUAGAUAGCUUCCGCAAACCCGACACUUCAAUGAAAGGUCCAAGCUUGUUUGACGACAUUGUGGAAGCUAAUAUUCACAACAAAUGGACAAAUGACCACCAUUGGCUAUACCAUUACGAUGUUCAGGCAGUGUGGAAGAAGGCCUAUCUGGAGGAAGAUGCUCGUCGAGGUCUAAAGAAAGAAGAGAUUGGUGUCUCAUCUCGAUUAUAG